CCAACCUUCGUCACUCUCGGCCAUCAUGGAGGAAGUUGUGGAAGACAAGAAAUCGUUUGAACCUGAUCUCGCUCAAGAUGGUGACUCUCUUCCAGACCCAGACGAGCAGCUCAUGUUGGAUCAAGGUGGUGGAAGGGUUUGGCUUGUAAAGGUCCCAAGAUUCCUCAUGGAACGAUGGGCCGCCAUAAACGCAGAAGACGUCCAUCUCGCCAGUAUACGCGUCUACCACAAUACCAACCCAGGAGCCAAACCUCGGAUCCUCCUCUUCCUCCCCCCUCACGAAAGCAACGUCAACACCAAAGACCCCAAAUGGCCCACAUUCGACAAUACAAUAGGAAACAUAACAACCGACUCUGAACCCGAUUGUUACGAACUCGAAAUGGUCAACGAUUCGGUUGAGAACCAAGUGGUGAUCGCGGAAAGACCUAAAGACUCUUCGUUUGGUUUAUCUUCUUCUGUUCAGUCUGGCCCUCCGAAUCCGAGAGCGAGGACUACGAUUCUGACGGGGAGGAUUAAACAUGAUUGUAGUUUGAGACCUCAGUUUAGUGCGAAUUAUAGGAAGCAGAUUCGGGAGAGGCAUAAGAAGUAUAAUACGAGGGUUAGGCAGAUUAGGGUUAUGGAGGAUGCGGAUGUGCCUGGUGGCAGAGGGAGUAUCAACCGGCUUAGUAGUGGUGUUGGACUUGGAGGAUCGGGAGCGUUUAGUGAUCUUGUUAAAACGAAACCGAAACCGACGAAGGGCAAUUUCGAGCGUAUGACACGGAUGCCCAGGAACCAACUUCUCGAUUUGUUGUUCCAGCUGUUCCGAGAAACGACUCGAUGGGCUAUUAAGCCUCUUCGAGAGAAGACGCAACAGCCGGAGGUUUAUUUGAAAGAAGUGCUUUCGGAGGUAGCAUUCUUACAUCGGAGUGGAGAACACAAUGGGUUUUGGGAGCUCAAGGAUAACUUUAAGGAAGACGGGAUAAAGGGAGAAGAUGUUGUAGGAAUUAGCUUCGAUGAUGUCAAGAUGGAGGAGAUGGAGGACGACGAGGACGAUGAUGAUGAUGAUAUGGAGGAGGUUUCAUGAGGAUAUACCCCUUUAUUUUCCGUAUUGAAAUUACUGUACACUAUAGUCGUGUAAAAUAUUGCUAUAAUGCUGAGCGCUGAUGCCUCGUUGACCUC